CGUUGUUGUGACAUUUCAUGUUUGUUUCCCAAGCGCGAGAAGUGCUAUUGUUUUUUUUCCUUCCUCAAAGCCGUUUGUUGAUUGCAAACGCAACCUGGGAAAGAAAAUGCAUCCAGAAGUUGGUCAAACAUACGAAUUAUCGAACCUAACGUGUCGAUUGUGCUUGGGAAACAAGGAAGAAUUAGAGCCGCUCGAUGCUGCUUUGACGCAAAACGAGCUGGUCAACGUCAUCGGUGGCUUGUUCAAGAUAGAUCUGGAAGAAAAUUGGCCGUUCCACAACGCAUGCAUCAAAUGCAUUAAGGAUGUUCGCGUGAUUGAAAGUAUUCGAGCAGAGAUCUAUGGAAAAAAUCGAAUAUUCGAUGUGCUUUGGACACAAUACAAGCGUAUCCAUUUACAAGAUGACUCGACUAACAAUGGCAAAGGCUAUGCAUCGAAGGAAAACGAUAAUAGUAUGCCCGCCGAAUAUGUCAUUGAAGAAUUGGUGGUGGAGAAGACGGAGAUGGAUAUGCUGCAGCCGGAUAUGUUAUUGAAAGAGGAAAACAAUCAACAGGACAUAAUUGUUAAGCUGGAAAAUCAGGAUGAGGAUGAUCCCGUACAGGAGGAGUUGGUAUGUGAAGAGAUGACGCUGAGCGAAAGUGAUCUCGAUAUGGAUGCGAUUAUCGAAGAAGAGAAGGAUGAAAUGAACGAUACGAAUGAGGGCAACAUGAUUGAAGAACUCAUGGAGGAACAGGAUGAUAAUGUGCAAGAUGUAGCAGACGCCGACUCGGAACAUCAUGGCGACGAUUUGUACGAGGUUGUUGACGAAGAAGACGCUUCACCGGACGGUGAAGGCUAUUUCGAUGCUACGAUCAUUCGCUGCUACAUUUGCAUGGAAUCGCUAGAAUCGGAAAACACACUGGAAGAACAUUUGACUAUGAUACACCAAGAAUUGUUACCAUUCCAUUGCGACAAAUGUCUGCUGCAUUUUUACUGCUUGAACGAGGUGAAUCAGCAUCUCAUCACACACGUCUAUCCAUUCGUGUGUCUGUACUGCCCACAGAAGUACUGCAACGAGGGGCUAUUGCGCAAUCACAAUAAGGUUUGCAAUUCGUACCGCUGCGUGAUGUGUCCGGCCGAGUUCGCCAUUAAGGCACAUCUGAACGAACACAAGAAGCAACAUACGGCAGAGCUGCGGAAAAUGAAUAAAUGCAAACAUUGUGGACGUACGUUUGCACAUGCGAGCAAAUUAAGACGCCACUUGCAAGCGGGUAUCUGUACCGGUUCUAAGGAUGUACAAAUACGGACCAAUACACACAAACGGACACUGGAAGGAAAGUCAUCUACUGGCGCAACAAAGAGCAAUAUAACUAAAAAUCUGCUCGUAUGUCAGGUGUGCAAUAGGAAGUUUGAUAAUAACUCUCAUCUGGCGCGUCACUUCGAGCGUGACCAUUCAGAGUUUAGGCUUCCCCUCUUUCCAUGCAACGUUUGUCCGAAAAAGUUUACGUCGUUCGAAAAAAGCAUACGCCAUCAGGCGUACCAUCGCCGUUCGACGGUAAAACCGACGGAAGCGAAAAAGUCGAAAGAAUCGGACACUGUGUGCAAAAUUUGCAACAAAGUGUUCCGUGUCGAUCAUCAGCUGCUACGCCAUCUCACCGAGGAUCAUUCGCUCACGCUCGAACUGUUCGAGUGCGAUCAAUGUCCGCGUAAAUUUUCGACCGAAUUCAAGUUACGCAAGCAUCAGUACAAUAGCCAUCGGGAGAAUAAACCGCUGUUCGUGUGUUCACACUGUGGGCAAAAGUUUGAGAAGAAGCUUACGCUAAAGGACCAUGAAACGAAGCACCUGGGGACACCGGCGUACAAAUGUGACCUGUGCGAUAAGACGUUCAUACACAAGCACAGUCUCGAUCGUCAUGCGCUGGUUCAUAGUGACGAGAAACAGUUUGCAUGUGAUUUCUGCUCCAAGACGUUCAAACGCAACACGACGUUGGUGAUCCAUCGGCGAAUACACACCGGUGAAAAGCCGUAUCUGUGUGAACCGUGCGGUAUGCGGUUCAUCGAUUCCAGCACACUGAUUAAGCACCGGCAACGGGCACACAUGAAAACGGAAUGACAAACUAACGAUGGCUUGGUUGUCAUAGAUUGGUCAGCGAAGAGUUCCGUAUCUUUUUCUUUGCUUUCGAGAGAUGUAUGAAUUUAUAGUGUUCUAUUCAAGCUAUCUAAUAUGCCCUGGAAACAAUUUUAUGAGUUACAAACUUUACGAAGUUUGUACACUUCAUCGUGUAAUAGUGUUAUAAAUGUAAAUAUAUUGAGAUUUUCAAUGUAAGUUUGUCUCUUUUGAUUUCGAUUUAUUUGAUUCCUUCUCUUUGGCUUUUCAUCAAAUUAUGGGUAAAGUUGCUCAUUAAUUUUAAGAUAACAUGUAUGGAGUAUUUUAGUUAAAUAAAACGGCCUAUGGUUAAAUAUGAACGACUGUUUGGGGGUCUAUGAAAUUAAGGUCGUCACAAGUCCUCAGC